AUGACGCGGAAGCAGACGACGCUGAUUGACAGACCAGACGGCGUCGAGGCAGGUGAUGUCCCGAGCUACGAAACGAUGGCAGAGGAACCUGCUGGCCAGCACCCAGGUGGAGAGAAAACAAACGGGGCACCAUCGGAACGAAGUGGCGAUGCAGAGAAAUUGGAAAGGCGGUUGCCGAAAGCCUUGAUUAUCGGUGUUAAGAAAGCAGGCACGCGAGCGCUGCUGGAGUUCCUCAGGUUGCAUCCCGACGUCAGAGCUACGGGUCCUGAAACCCACUUCUUCGACCGCCACUACAGCAAAGGCAUCGAGUGGUACAGGCUCCAGAUGCCGCUGACACUACCGGAGCAGAUUACCAUGGAGAAGACGCCCAGCUACUUCGUGACCGAAGAGGUACCGGCUCGCAUCCGAAACACGCUUCCCGAUGCCCGCCUCCUGGUCGUUGUUCGGGACCCAGUCACUCGAGCCCUCUCCGACUAUGCCCAGACGGCUUCUAAGCGUCCUGACACCACACUGCCGUUCGAAGCGCUAGCGUUCCGUAGGCGCAAGCGGAGAAAAAACGGAGGCUUCACUUCAAAUUUUCGCCACCAGCCGAACCGCAAGAGGCGAACCAGCAACGAUGGGAACGGCACUAUCAGUUCUGGACGAACCUCGACUUCUGGAAAUCCCGGCAUUGAUAGUGAAGGGUCCGCAACACCUCACUACAGUGCACAUAGAAGUGCUCGAAGGACCUUCACUGGGAAGGUGAACUAUCGUAAAAAUACGUUGGAGAGAGAUCAGGCUCUUGACACAAAAAAUACACGCAAGAAUGUCAUUGAAGAAAACGAUAGGGUUAUCAGUACCGGACAAGCUCUGCACAGCAAAGAACACAAUUAUAUAUGGCACGCGCGAAAUACAAUGCCUAAUUAUAUGCUUGCCAGUCUAAAUAUGACACAGGCUGGCCCAGAUUGGUUGAGCCAAACUCACCGACAUAACAUAGAUGGCGAUGGUAACAGUAUUCCAAAACACGUUCCUUCCAUAACCACUAAAGAGAAAGGUACAUCAGCCUCAUUCACGGGCUUAAGGAGUGAAGCUAGAACUUCUGAAAACGAUGUAACCAACACCAACGACUACGAGGCCAUCAACCGGGACUGCGGUACGGUCAGUCGCAGUAACAAGAACAGCACGUGCUGGAACGCAAGCAGCGACGUCGACGAGGCGUGGUCCGGCAUACGCAUCGGCCUGUACGCCAAUCACCUGGCUCAAUGGCUCAGACACUUCCCCCAGUCCCAGAUUCACGUCGUCAGCGGUGAGGAGCUGGUGAGGAACCCAGCCCGCGAGAUGGCCAUGGUCCAGGACUUCCUGGGCCUGAGGCGGCUCGUGUCCGAGGACCAUUUCUACUUCAACCGAACGAAGGGUUUUCCCUGCCUAAAGAAGAGUGAAGGUAGCGGCAGCCCUCACUGCCUCGGCAAGACCAAAGGCCGCACCCACCCGAGGCUCAGGGAGGAGAACGUGCGUAGGCUGAGAAAGUUCUUUGAGCCGCACAACGAGGAGUUCUUCAAACUUGUGCAACGUGACUUUGGGUGGGAGCGCGCUAGGUGAGCGUCGAAAAUUCUAGAAAAUACUUGUUUUAAAAACAGAAAUGCUAAGAAGGGACUUAGUGUCCGGCCGUGUUCUUCAGCCAGUUCUACCAUCGGCUUCCACGCACACAAAAAUAAGACUCGCUUCGCUCAGUGAUCCUGUCGCAUCUCGUUGUUCUCCGAAAACAUCAUUCAGUGAGCUCGUGAAUUACUACAACCACUCUGUAUUUAUUUGUUCGCUCCAGCUUAUCAUCUCGCAAGGCAGUGACGUGGUUUAAAACAGCUUCGGGUAGGAAAGGGAGACGACGACGGACACAUGUAACCUUCUCUGAGCUGCUUUCAAUUCUCCUACAAUAAUCCAUCAACCAGUACACUUCUGCAAGGCACAAAAAUGAUUGCGUUUACAAAACACUGCUUGCAAGAUGCGCGUUGGUACGAAUAAACCCGGAAUAAAUUCUGUAGCCGAAAUGCAGCUAGCCCUUGUAUCCCAGCGUCUAAUAGACAAUUCAACCGUCACAGCCCACAUAUCAUGUGCGCCAAGCAUCAACACAUAGUGACAGAAUCGUGAAGAAUUAACACCCGAAUGAUAUUGUUGAACAUGCAAGGAACAAUCGAAAUUCUAGAGAAUGUGCGUCACAGCAUAAACAAGCUGCCAGAAUCCGCUGAUUCAGAUCUGCCCUUCAUACUCUAUCAUAUGGACAAAGGCCCAUCUUAAAGCAAUGUGGUGUGUUAUCGCAGCCACAGGACUGCACUUCCGUGCAUAUAAAUAUCAUUUAAAUGCAAUAUAAGGCAUCUUGCAUUCAAGCAGCUACAGUGAAUCCUGGCAGAGGUCGAAGUAGAACGUUCGAAUACUAUCCCUAUCACGAAGGACACACAGGACUGGUGAAAAUUUUGCAUUGUGGAGUCUAGUGGACAAACUGUGACACCUGCGGGUUACAAGCGUAGGAUCAGCUGGUCGGGCUGUAAGUUAGAUAGAAAAGUGGCGGUUUUUUUUUUCGGCCACAGUUAUUGUCCGAAUGACUAUACACAAGUUUCUUACUGAGUUUGCAGUUCCUCUCACUAUCGUCACUUUACGUGAUAUUUAACGCUAAGUCUUCACAGCAAUACGUGAAAUCCUCGCACUGUUAUGUCGUGUGGCACAAUUAA